AUGCGCUCACUAUUCGAUAGCAGCUACAACAACAUCCUCGAGAAGCACCUGAACCAGGCGCCUGGACCUCUUCUAGUACUCCCUCAAGGUUCCGGCCUUUCCAGGGUUGUUGUUUCACAACAAGAGCUUGCUCGGUACGCCCCAAAUUCACUUCAGCGUGCUGUCCUUGCCUUGCCUAGCAACCCUGUGACCGUUAUGGACGGCCAGGUACGCUGGAAGCAAAUCUUGGGCAUGCGGAACUCGUACAUAAAUGCCUUUCUCAUCCAGAGUCGAGGCACUCGGGAGUUGGUUCCUUGCACUUUGUGCGCCAAGAAAAUGGAAAAGGACCGCUCCCAGUACGCACGUCCCUUCCCCUACUGCAUUCGUCUCCCGGGUCACUUUGGUGGCUGCUGCGGCAAUUGCAAGUGGCCGGAUCACGCUGCUAAGUGCCACGGACAAGAAGAGGCCGGUGCUGGAGAUGGUUCCCGAGGGGAGCCCAACGACCUUGCUGAUGGGGAGGAUGAUCCAGUCGUCGUCUCAGGCGAUGAUAACCUUGACGUUAAUGCGCUCGAGGACGCUGGUGAUUUCCUUCCCGGAGAGGAAGAUGAGAUGGACAUGUCUGUGAGCUUAGUCCCACUCCCUGAUGACGGAUCCGCUGGUGCUGCUACCGAAGACGAUCCUAUUCGGAUCGACUAG